UGUCACUCACAUGUCAUCUGUCUGUCACUCACAUCACACCUGUUACUCACAUGUCACACCUGUCACUUAGGUGACCCCUGUCACUCACAUCACACCUGUUGCUCACAUGUCACUUACAUCACUCAUGUCACACGUGUCACUCACAUCACACGUCAACACAACACACGUUGUACAUGACGCUCAAAUCAUUCCUGUCAUUUACAUGUCACGCCUGUCACUUACAUCACACACGGCACAUAGUCUCAGCGUGUCUGAAAGGUUGUUGAUUUUCUGUCCUCUUCUGCAGCAAAAAUACAUCACCGAGUUCCAGCGAGAGAAAGAAGAGUUUGAGAAAAACAUGACCAGAUUCAAGGAGGAACAUCCGGAGCUGAUCGAGGAGAGGAAGAAGUCCGACCUGCCGGAGAAACCCAAAACUCCUCAACAGCUGUGGUACAACCACGAGAAGAAGACCUACAUGAAGCUCCACCCAGAGGUGAGUCAGAAGGAGCUGAAGGAGGCUCUGAGGAGACAGUGGUCCCAACUGUCCGACAAGAGGAGACUCAAGUGGAUCAGCAAGGCCCUGGAACUCCAGAAGGACUACGAGGGCAGUAUGAGAGCGUAUCAUGAAGCUCAUCCUGACGUGAACUCUGAUGACCAUGUCCGCUCGGUCCUCACCAAAGCAGAGAGACAGCUGAAGGACAAGUUUGAUGGACGGCCGACCAAACCUCCACCUAACGGGUACUCUCUGUACUGCGCGGAGCUGAUGGUGAACAUGAAGGACGUCCCCAGCACAGAGCGGAUGGUGCUCUGCAGUAAGCAGUGGAAGAUGAUGACGCAGAAAGAAAAGGACAUGUUCCAGAAACGCUGCGAGCAGAGGAAGAAGCAGUAUGACAUUGACCUGCAGCGCUUCCUGGAGAGUCUCCCUGAGGAGGAGCGAGACCGGGUCCUGGGUGAGGAGAAACUGGGCGGAGCCAGAGUGGGAGGAGGCGUGGCCGCCAGCCCCCACAGAGCCAAGUCUCCAUCUGUCAAGUGUUUCUCCUCCUCCCAGGAGCGCUGUCGAGAGGCGGAGCCAGAGACGUGGACACCUGCAGGAGCACCCAGAGAGCGGCGGGACGGGAAGAAGGCGGCGAAGCUUCCGGAGACACCGAAGACGGCGGAGGAGACAUGGCAGCAGAGUGUGAUGGGAGACUUCCUGUCCAAAUACAGAGUGAGCCCGCCCACUUUCUUCUUCUCUAUUUUAAUGUCAGUCAUCUGACAC